AUGACAACUUCGCAGAUUGCUCAAGCGAUCCUGUGCUCAAACUGCAACUAUUGUCUGAAAUUGGACGGAAGCCGGGGCGGGAAUAUCUAUCAAUAUCGAGGAUGUGGCUGCCUAAACCAAUAUCAAUACACCUGUUCGUCAACGACAACAAUGAAUGGGAUUUCAAAUGUGCCCGGUUUCACGGGAAGCGCCUACUGUUGCACAGGCCGAGGCUGUAACACUGCUUUCUCUUCCUCUUCCCUCAUCAGCUUGAUCCUCCUCGGUGUCGCGGCUCUUCUCCGA